AUGUCUCUGGUGAUGGGUUCGAGUGAGAAUCCGAAACGUCAGGCUAAUAGAUUUCUUGUUCCAGUGAUCACAUCUUUAUCUUCUCAACCCAAGGUGUCUACCACCCUGACAAGUGAGCAUUAACAGAGGCAGAGGGAGGGUAUGCUCCCCAGAACGGGGCACGCGAAUGUUGCACCGGAUCAACAAGGGGGCCUGAUCAGAGCACGACAGGCGUUAUUGGAGGCGAGCACACAUAACAAAUUUCACACGUGGAUUGGUAUAGUGCACGCCGAGUUGCGUGCCCACGCCGUGCCACUCACUUGCUCCCGUUCCCACCUCCAGUAUUUUUGACUCUGUCCAAAAAUCAGGCUUAGAUGGAUGACAAGGAGAGUGUGCGGCAGAGGCUACGCAAGUCUACUAUCAUUAUAAACUAAUUCGCGCAGAAGUCACUGUCGCUGGGCGGCAUGUGGUGGACAUUGUCGGAAUCGACGGUCGAACUGUCGGUAGAGGAAGAGUUGGAGAGGACAUGGAGGAAGAGGAGGAGGAGGAGGAGGAGGAGGAGGAGGAGGAGGAGGACAGCUGA